AUGUCUGAAUCAAAUUUCGAAGAAGUUAUCCAUGAAAUUAUCUUUGACAGCCCGGCUGGUGAAAUUAAAGAAGUUUAUGAUUCUCUAAUUACUAUUGUUGGUGAAAACUCCAAGGAUACAUUACUUAAUGUAAUUGAACAAUACAACGUGAAAAACAAUAUACCAAUUGAUGUAGAUGGUAACAAAGUUCUUCUCUCUGAAAACAAUAAGGAUGGUGCAUCUAGAUAUUUUGAUCCAAUAAUUGGUGUUUCAUUUACUGUUGAUCAUUUGAACCGUAAAGGUUUAGAUGUCGAAACGCAUCAAGCUAAGGGAUUUACUGAUGAUCAUAAAAAAUUAUAUCAAUCAAUUUUGGAUUAUACUGUGAAUGCAUACCCUGGUAAUGUAACAAUUGCAGUAUAUCCAAUAACCGAGGAAAGUACCGAAGAGGCCACCAAAUUGGAGAUUAUAAUUUCUAGUACUAAAUAUAACCCAGGCAACUUCUGGAAUGGUGAUUGGAGAUCUAAAUAUAUAUAUGAUAUUGCCUCAAAGCAAUUAACUGGUAACAUUGAUGUCCAAAUACAUUACUAUGAGGAUGGUAAUGUUAGUUUUAAAUCAAAUAAAAAAAUUGAAGAAAAUAGUGUAAAUGAUGUUUUAAAUACUAUAUCAACUAUAGAGAAAGGAUUUGAAAAUUCUUUAGAUGUAUCAUUUACAGAAUUAAAUGAAAAACAAUUCAAAUCAUUAAGAAGAAGAUUACCUAUAACUAGAUCUAAAAUUAACUGGGGUAAAGCUAUCGGUAAUUAUAGAUUAGGUAAAGAUGCAGCAGAAGGUGCCUAG